AUGGGGCGGGGCUUCGGGGGCGUGCUCCCGCGCGGGCUCCCCAUUGGCCGCCGGGCGUCACGUGCCCGCCGCCCGCUGAUUGGCGCGCGCGGUCGCGGGCGGGCGGGGCUUGGGACGCCGCCGCCGCCCGGGACAAGCUUCCCUUCGGCGGGGCCUGGUCUCGGCGGAAGCCCGCGCCAGGUGCAGGAAGGACCCUCGGGGGGCCGGGAUGCCAGUGGAAGUGGACCCCGACGGCGAGGGCGGCGCCCAUGCAGGAGGCUCAGGAAUCAGGCUGGCCAGUUCAUCUCUGUGGUGACCCUCUUUGAGGUGAUGGCCAGGAGGAGGAGCUCCAUACUGGCGCAGGGAGCACCCUUGGGGGGCCAGGAUGUCAGUGGGCCGGGCACCCGCCGGCGAGGGCGGCCGCCGCGGAAGCACCGCAAGAGGAAAGUAGCCAUCGCCACAGAGGUGACCCUCUUUGAGAUGGUCGCCCUGGGGAAGAACUCGGUGCAGACGGCCGUCGAGGAGUGGGUGCAGUCCUAUAAGGUGGACAGGGAGCUGGCCUUGCUGGACCUCAUCAGCUUCUUCGUCCAGUGCUGUGGCUGUGAAGGGAUGGUGACGGCCGAGCUGUACCAGAGCAACCAAGGCCAGAACGUGGUGCACAAAAUGACCGAGAAGUUUGACCAGGAGACCGGGCUGUACUACAAGAAGUUUCUGGCCUACCCCUGGAUCCUGACCAUCAUGUGGCCAGAGAAACUGCAGAAUGACUUUUACCCCAUCGUGGGGCCAGGGCCCUUCUGGAAAAGGUUUCGGGUGAACUUCUGUGAGUUCACAGAGCUGCUGGUGCACCAGACGCACUCCUCGGUGCUGUGUGACGGACACCUCAUGCACACAGUGAUCUGCAUGCUCAGUGGCCUCACCAACUCCGCCGUGUACAGCCUGCGGCACACCAGCUCCCUGGCAGCCAUGAAGCUGCUGACGGCGCUGGCCAGCGUGAACCAGGGCAUCUGCACGGGCAGGCGCACGGCCCAGCGGCUGUACGAGAUCGAGAGCAUCACAAAGCUCAAGGGCAGACACAAGUACUACAUGGAGCUGCUGGACCAGCGCAGACACCAGGUGCCGACGGGCCGGCCGGGGUCACCGCGGGCGGGAGGGGGUGCACCGGAGAUGGGGGGACGCAGGGACAUUGCCUGGCUCUUCGGUGACAAUCUCGCUUCGUUUCUCAGUGACAUCAGCUCGGACAUCCGUGUGAUCUGUAUGGGGGAACUUGGCUGCUGGAUCAGGCUGUAUCCAGACAUGUUCCUGGACAACAACUACUUGAAGUACAUCGGCUGGAUGCUGUACGACAAGGACGCGAGUGUGCGGAUGAAGUGCAUCCUGGCACUGAAGGCACUCUACGAGAAGAGAGAGUCAGCUAUGAAGUUGGGCCUUUUCUUCUAUAAGUUCAAGAAACGAAUCCUGUCGAUGACGCAGGACAGGCAGCCGGAAAUCACAUCCGAGUGCAUGCAGCUCCUGAGGCUCAUAUCCGAGCACUACGUGGGCGUGUUCUCCGCCAUGGAGUACGUCUUCCUGUUCCAGUUUGUGUACGCAGCCUACAGGCCCAUGGCCACAGCCGCGGGCGAGCUCAUCUGUAAGAGGCUCCUGGCCCCUCCGCCCCAUGAAGGUUUCUUUGGUCAAGAGCCCCCUGAUGAGUUUGAUAGAAAUCUGCAGAACAUGAAGACGCUAAUCGACUUCUACCUGCAGGGCGAGUUCCACAGACAUGUCCCGUACCUGGUGGACGGCCUGUGGGAGGCAGCGCCCGCCCUGGUCCGGAACUGGGAGUGCAUGACAGCCCUGCUGCUGGAGCCACGUGGCGGGCGCCAAGCACUGACGAGUCAGCAGGAAAGAGUGCUCAUUGAGAUGCUCGUGGCCGCUGUGCGACAGGCUGCAGAGGGCCGCCCACCUGCCGGCCGCCGACUGGGCAAGAAAGCGGCCAGGGAGGUGGACGGGACCCGCCGCUGCCGCGAGCAUGCCAACAUGAGCCGACACUUUGUCAAGGUGCUGCCCCGGCUGCUCUCCAAGUUUGCAGCAGACAAAGAGAAGGUGACCCCCCUCCUGCAGAUCCCACAGUAUUGCAACCUGGACGUGUACGACAUGGACGGCCUGGGCUCGUACCUGGACGCAGCCCUGCUAGAGCUGGACUGCCUGGUGCAGCGGCACUCGGACGUGGCAGUGCUGGAGGCCUGUGCCCGCGCCUACGGCACCUACUGUGACGAAGGGGGCUCUGCCCACUGCCAGGCUGCCCCCGCCUGCAGCCGGCUGGUGGACAUGCUGGUGGACGUGCUGACCCCACUGCUGGACGUGUUCAUCCAAAAUGAGAAACAGGGCCUGUUCCUUGGACACGGUGAGAUGGGGCGGAUCUGCUCCACGCUGCGGAGACUGGCUGCCUUCUACAGCGCACACGACCUGAGCAGCUGGAACCUGUACGAGAAGAUGGAUAGCCUGCUGACUUUCCGGAGGCACCAGGGCAGCCUGCCCACUGAGGUUGUCCACUGUGCGCUCCAGUGCACCUACUAUGCGCUCCUGUGGCAGAUCGUCGCAGCCACGGACCGGCUGCCGCCCCAGGAGGCGCUCCUGGACUUGAGGAAAAGGCUGAUGAAGUUCUGCCUGGUCUGCCGCGUGUACCUGAACCACCAGAGCAAGGUGCUGAGCGAGAAGGCCUUCAUCCUGCUCUGUGACUUGCUGCUCAUCCUGAGCCACCAGGGCCCCGAGGAGGACACGGGCCUGGGGCUACUGUUCUUCGUCCCCGAUCAUGUCCUGCAGUGCAAGCUGCUCACCUUCGUCAGGGAGCACGUGUUCCUGGAGGACACAGGAGCCGCAGGUCCCAGCAGAGUUUACAAGGAGGAGGAUGCGGACGAGCUGCAUGAGCUGUUCCACAGGAGAAACAUGCUGGCCGUGGUCUGUAAGCUCAUUGUCUGCAACGUGCUGGAGAUGAGCGCGGCCGCUGACAUCUACCAGUUCUACCUGAAGCACUACCAUCACUUUGGCGACAUCAUCAAGGAGACCAUGACGAGGACGAGGCAGAACGACAGGCUCCGCAAUGCGCUGUCCCUGCUUCUGUGCCUGCAGCAGCUGUUCCAGAAGCACGUGGACACGUAUGGCCUUGGCUAUGACCCCAUCGAGUUCAUCUGCGGCCCCUUCUACUCCAUCCGGCUGCUGGCCCGCCGCUUUGCGCUCACCCUCGGCUUUGACCGCGCCCGGGACGCUGCCCACCUGAUCCACAGGCGCGGGCUGGCCUUUGCCUUCUCUGAGUCCCCAGUGCCUGAAGAGGAGGCUCGGCAGCGCUUCCCCAACCUCAGCUUCCUGCUUGUGCUCGCUGAGUUCUCCUGCAAGAUCCCGCCAGCGGAGCGACAAGCUGCACUCGCCCAAUUCCAGGACUCCAUUCCCGAGGGCGUGCCUGUCUUUGGGGAGGGGGACAUGAACCCCAUGCUCGUCUACCGCAAGUCCCUGAUGAGGACAGACUACGUGGCCCAGGGGGAGGAGGAGCCCGCUGCCAACCCAUUUGACGCCAUAUGCAAAGACAGCAAGCGGCCCCAAGAGCUGCCCGUGGGGACGUGCUCCACCUGGACACCAGACACCCUGGCCAGCUCCAGCGCAGGGGACAGAGAGACGAGAAACUCCUCCAAGGGCCAGAAGUCCAAGAGGGACGUCUUUGAUGUUGACUUCCUGUCGUCGGAGGACUCUGAGAACUCUUCCAACGAAGACGUGGAUGUGGAAGGCAUCUCCGUCCACGAGGGGGCAUCAGACUGAAGAAGAGGACACACGCCCCGCUGGGACUCACGUCAGGAGUUCUGCGUUCCUCCUCGGUUGCUGCCUUGCGUUCCUGGGCUUGGGGAGCCAGUGGCGUCCAGGUGCGGCUGACCCAGGCCCCUGGGGGCUCCAGGCGGAUGAUGGUGACCCCUGCCAUCCGCCCCUGCGCAUCCCAGCCCCGUAUGUGGGGAGAGGGCCAGGUGACCGUUGACUGGGGCCCCCGCGGGGUGCCCGCGCACCCACCCACCUACCCACCAGGUGCCUACCCCCCGCCUGCGACUUCCCUCUGGCGACUGCUGUGCUUGGCUGGAAGGUUCCGGAACCAGCUUUGCCCCCCGCCGUGGAGCAUGGUACUGGCUCUGUAGUCCGGCGUGGUCCUACAUGGAGCGGCUCUAGCUCUUCCUUUCCCGGCCCAGGGCCCCGCUAUUGGGCGUUUCCUGGUGUCCAGUGCUGAGGGCCGGAUGCAGGGCAGGUACGGGCCUGCUGCCUGCGGUCGGCUCAGCACCUGCUCACUUCAGGCAGACCAGCUGCACCCGACUCGGGGCGGGGGCUGAACGCACAUAGGCCGCCCUCCCUGGACACGCAGGGUGGGGCACUCUGCGCCUCAGAUCCCGUGUGGGUGCCACGCCAGAACUCCCGGGGCCACUGUGUGGAGGAGGACGCCCCCAUGUGGACACGGACAGCCAGGCCGGUCUGUGGGGAGGACUCCUGCCGGUCGUGCACAGGCAAGAACGCCCCGGGAGCUCAGGCCUCUGCAGCCCUGCGUAGGCCUGGGCCAGGGGGUUUGCCGUCCGAGGGGCGGGGGGAACACCAGUGCCUCUGGCUGUGCCCUCUCCAGGACUCUGGAAGCCGCUGUGGGAAAGCACGGCCCUCGGCCAUGGCGUCAGGACCACGGGUGGCCCGCGUGCAGGUCUGGGCAGGAGGGCCACCCUGCUGGACACUCCGGGCCCCAAGGCCUGGGACCCUCGGCCGGGCUUCCCGUGUCCCAGAGCCGUGCACACUGUGUGAAGUCUCCCGUGGGGACACUGCCGUCUGCCCCCCGUAGCGUCCCCGCCUGGCGUCUGUGCCCAUUGUGACCUCCGUGUGCUGUGUCGUGGGCAGGGCAAGCCGAGCCCGUCAGAGAAAAUUCUUAAAUUCUUUAUUUGAAAAUACAAACGUGAUCUCGUAAAACAUUUUUAAACUGCUAUACACACCAAAUAAAAGUUAACUUUA